UGCCUCGUCACACGGGGCGCGGGAGCGCGCGCUCCGCCGCAUCCCGUCAGCCAGCAGUGCACGCUCGGAGUCGCGAACGCGCAACGGAGUUGCUGAGCACAUUCGAGCGCACAUGCGGUUCUUCAGCUAACUGCUGAGGAGUGUGAUUAAACCCGCACAUACCACAAAAUGGCGGAUUCUGACUCAUGGGACGCGGACAACUUCGAGGUGAACGAGCCGCUGCCAAAGGCCGCGACGGUUCUGCAGGACAGAUGGGAAGGAGAAGAUGAGGAAGACGACGUCAAGGACAACUGGGAUGAUGAGGAGGAGGAAGAACAGAAGGUGGAGGUGAAAAAACCAGUGGUGAAAGUUUCAGAGAAGAAAAAACUGAGUGCUAAAAUCAAAGAAAAAGAAAAUGAAGAGAAAAAAGAAGAGCUGAGGAAAAGGUUAGAAGAAACCCAGGCUAAUACCCAGCUCACACCUGAAGAGGAGGCGGCCGAGAAACUGCGUGUGCAGAAACUGCAGGAGGAGUCGGACAUGGCACUCGCACAUGAAGCAUUCGGUAUUGACACAACUAUCACAAACAGUGCCUCUGGAAUUGAAGCCAUGUGUCCCUCGAAUAAGGAAGACUUUCUAGUUUUCGAGAAAUUACUGAAAGACAAGAUUACACAGUUUGAGAAGUCAGUGCAUUAUUCCAACUUUUUGGAGUCGCUGUUUCGGGAACUCUGUAUUUCAUUGGAAGUAGACGAUUUAAAGAAAAUCAGCAAUUCCCUGUCAGUUCUUCUCACCGAAAGGCAAAAACAAGAAAAGGAAAAAUCCAAAGGCACAAAGAAGAAAAAGAAAACGGUCCUUUCUGGCGGUGGGUUGAAAGCAAAAAUGAAAACCGACUUUGACGAUUAUGGUAACUUGGAUGGCGGCUUCAAUGAUUAUGAGGACUUCAUGUGACAAAGGCUGAAUCACACCCUCCUCGCCUACCCCCACCUACGAAACUGCCCCAUCUCCACUGAGACAUGCAGCGUCCCCUGUAUCUCAUUUUCUCUCAUCAGUGCCAUCUUGGAGUAAACUGAACACUGUGUCAACCUUUGACAUUUUUUGCUUCAGUGGUCAAAACAACUCUUAGUGAAGCUGCUAUCACCAAAAUUGCUGUUUGGUGACAAAAGGAAAGAUCUAUUAAAUUGCCUUGUAUUUACAACUCUGCCUCUGACAAAGACUUUAGGACGUGAGACAUCUUUGCACAAGUGUCUUCUCCAAUUGGCCCUCCUAAAAUAAUCAUCAAUAUGCCUUAUAUACAAUAUGACAAACGUUUAUUUUGGUUAAAGUACUGAAAUAGCCGAUCGUGUUAACCUCUGUGCAACUGCAUUUACAUAGAAACAAAUGUGAUAUUCUAUGCAAAAUAAUUGUAUACAGAAUGUCUAGGUUAAAAAAAACAGUAUGGAUAUUUUCCUCUUGUGGAAAUUUCAACAGAAUUAUCUACAUCUCUGAUUACCAGUUGUCCGCAACAUCAGAUGCACAUAAUUCAACCAUUUUCCUUGAACCAUGUCAGUGCAUUUACAGCAGACACUACAUGAGGAGCACUGGUGGUAGGUACACUUUUUGUUGGUUUUUUUAUUUUUAAGAAUGAAAAAGCAGAAAAAAAGUAAGUACAACUGAGUGAGUUUCUUGUGUUAUGGAAUAGUUUUGAAAAUUGACACUUUUUCUUUGCAUUCAAAUGUUUACUUUGUUUCUAAUGCUGGUAGAUUGAAAUGACUAGUGCAGGAGUGUGGGGCUUAGUCUUUUCCUUGUAGCUUCUGCAGGCUUGUAUCAGGGACAAGGAAGAUCCGAUAAAAAUGUUUGCUCCCAAUCAA